AUGGUCUGUACCGGUGACUGCGAUGGGACGUUCUAUCAUCCAGAUGGCAUUGAGUGGCUGAUUCGGCUAUACUCACAAAUGCAUGAAAUUGAGGCGGAGGCAGCUCCUUCACCGUCUCCAUCGGCGGAGAACAAUCGAGGCAAUCUAGAAGCGUCGCUGAGUGAUGCAUUGAGCAAAUUGCUGUUGCAACGACGUCAAUACCUUUCGGAGGAUGAGGGCGAUGACUCGGAUUCCUUCUAG